AUCCCUAAACUUGAUUCUUUUAUUAUCGUUUAGUUUCCGUUUUCCUUUUUUUGUAAAUAAGUAUGCUUUAAUUCUAGAAUAAAUAAAUAAAACUGUAAAUAUGUAAAUAAAUCCUUAUAUUCCCUAUCCUAAGAUACCAUUUACCCUAAAAUUUAAUGUAAAUAAUUAGAAAAAUAAAAGAUUGAAAAAAAAGAAAAGAAAAAUUGAAUUCAAAAAAUCCCAUUUCACCACAUUUAUCCCCUUGGUAUCGAUCUGUCAAAAGUGUAUCCCAUCCUAUAUGUACAUAACCAUCAUGGCGCGCGGUACCAACUGUGCACAGACAAAACCAUCCCGGGAAAUGUUCUCCUAUACUUGGAUUUUGCUGUGUCAUCGAAGGCCUUAUAAGCCUAAGCAGGAUGAGGCCAAGGGCUCUUUUUGGAACAAAAUUCCUAGCUGUUUCGCGAGUGAACUGCUAAUUGGCAGAGAUAGUGUCUCGGAAAAAAAAUUGAUGUCACCACCCAUCAUCGGAAUUGCCGAGGGUGAUCUAACGGCCUGUGAUAGGUGGACCGUAAGUGAUAGUGAAAUCACCCAUCCGGUACAAGAAGAAGAGAACUGUGCGACGCCCCCCUUCAACCUCGGACGUUGCAUCCUUGGACCCGACCCAAUCGUCGACGUAGCCAUCGGUGAGGAAGUGGACCGGUCGAAGCCAAUAGUCCGAACAUCCACCGACCGACUGGAAAUCGCCACAACCUUUGAAGUCAGGUGAAAAUUUUGUACAUUCCCAUAAACUCAGUGAACUCCUGUAAAUAUUAA